AGAGUUCUGUAAAGUUAUAUUUGUUUUGUGAAAAAAAAAUCUUGAUAAUGGCAACCCAAACGCGAUUCAAGGGUCAGUUUGUGAAGAAAAAAGUGCUCGAUAAAAAACUAAAAGCAGUUUCCGCCAUGUGUCGAGCGAAUGCCGCUAAACGAGAGGACAGUGGACAUAACCUCCAUGAUCGGCAACAAGAAUUUGCUGUCGAAGGGCGCCGAAUCGUCGAUUUAGAAUAUCUGGCCCAACAAUUGAAGUGUAUUCGCUGCAAAAAAGAUAUUUUAUUGAGGAAAGCGGUGAAAGAAACGCGAAUGGGAUUGAACUCAAUUCUGCACAUUGCCUGCGACGAGUGUUGUUCUAUAACCCAAGUACGCACAGGCAAAACACACGUAACGUUGGAAAAUAAGACGCACGCUGAUGUGAAUACGAAAGCUGUAUUGGGUGCAGUUCAUUCUGGCAUUGGAGAAACGGCGUUGAACAAAUUAUUGAAUUGUUUAAACAUCCCAACCAUCGGGUCCCAUGUGUUUAAAAAAUAUGUAAGAGAAAUUGGACCAGCAUUGGAAGCUGCUGCGAAAGAUUCCUGCCGUAGAGCUGCUGAAGAGGAAAAGAAAUUAGUUAUAGAGAAUAUGGAAAGAUUGUGCCAGGAAUUGUAAGUUUUCACAACAAUCUAAUAUUUCUAUAACAAUCCUACAUCCCAGUGGAUAAGACUGAGACGGCGCAAGAGCUCUCACUAGCAUCUGAGUUCAUUCGCAGUGUCACCUUUGCAUACUGGAAUGCAGGAUUGCUAUAGAUUUUUUCCAGCGCCUCGACACCAAGUAUUAACUUGCGGUCAAGCUGCUAUUGUGACUUCAGUGUUUAUUGUUGAGAAAAAAAAACGUACGUGUAAUUUUUGCAAAUGUGACUUAUCUCAAUAAUUAACUCCACGGUGUCUGUUAUCGUAAUGAAAAUAGUUAUCAUGGCAUACAACACCGUAAGAAAUUUUGUGAAAUAAAUUUUACUGCUGCGUCAGGAAUCUAGAUUUUGUGUCAUCGCAGUCAACAUUCAAUGCAGCGAAAUGAUAAAUUCUCACUGCGGUGACAGAUAUUGUAGAAGAAAUAGUUAUGGUAUACAACACUGUAAGAAAUUUUGUAAAAUCAAUUUUACUGCUGCGUCAGGUGAAAUGAUAUGGAUUUAGUGUCAUCGCAGUCAAUAUUCAUUGCAGUGAAAUGAUAAAUUCUCACUGCGUUGAGCAUAACAUUUUAUCAGCGUGGCACUCCAUCUCCCUUUUUAUGAAUCCCUUAUUGUAAUUAUAUUAAAUUUGUAUAUAGCGGUGAGAAUCAAAUCCAUCUGUAAA